UCCCCUGUACAUUGGCAGUGGUCUCCCAAAGAUGCACUUGCUGCUCCCAUCUCAUGUGCAAUAUAUUCAUGCGAUGGUUUGUUGGUUUAUGCUACUUUUUUUGACGGUGCUGUGGGAGUUUUUGUUGCUAAUAGCUUAAGAUUCAGAUGUCGAAUAGCGCCUUCUGCUUAUAUACCAUCAUUUUCUCUCAGCGGUGGCAACCCCUCCUAUCCUCUGGUUGUAGCAGCUCAUCCAUCUGAGCCUAACCAGAUUGCAGUUGGCAUGACUGAGGGGUCAGUGCAUGUGGUUGAACCAUCUGAUGCAGAGCUGAAGUGGGGUGGCACACCCUCUCAAGAUAAUGGUCCUUCCAAUUCAUCAAAUCAUUCUCUUAGUAGUCAAGCAUCAGAACUUCCUUCCAGGUGAUAAUUAAGUUAUUAUCAAGACCAGUAGACCAGACAGACAUCAUGCUGCAGUUUCUACACCCAGUUGCUUAAAUAGUAGGGAUGCAUUGUUGUAAGCAUCAUUGAAGAAUAUGUCAAUUUGACAUUUGCUUAAUUUCUCUUUGUUUUCCUUUCCUUCCUUUUGCAACCGAUGUCAUUUCACGGCUACGACCCUGGGGAUCGUAACAGAU